GGUAGAGUCAGGCUCUCCCCGCAUGUUCUCCCCCGGCUUUCUACUCGGUGGUUCCCAGACUAAGCUCUAUCGAGUAAACUUGACCGAGGAGAUUUGAAGAUAAAAGUUGGAGGUUAGCAAGAUCCCCAUGCAUCUAGUUUAAACGGUCAAAUUGCGUGCAGUUAUGUCCUCCACACCUCCCGGACCGCUCUCCCAACACGUGCAUCGCGAACUCACCAACCCUACGUCUGCACCCUCCUUCUCGGCGACACCAUCCAGAACAUUGCCAAUAUUACCAUCGCAUUUGUGUUCAAACACACCGCCUAGACGGUGUGCAUCGCCGUCUUGGACCCGGGCAAAUUUGCCGUCCUUCCGAAAGAAAACUGAAUGUUACAGGAAUUUGCGGGUGAUUAUGUUACUAAGGUCGGACACAAUAUGACGUUGAAUUUGAGGUAAAAUCAUUCCGCGGCGGCGGUGCCAUUGGGUGUGGUCUAUGUUUCUUUGGAUUGGGGAGGGCGUGAGACGAAAAAGGAAGAGUUAAACUUGAUAAUUCAAGGGAGGCUUGUGUUGUGUAUGCAGCAUGGGGAUGAGGCUUGGUCGUUGUGUCUUCCGCUUGGCCAAGCUAUCCAGAAGUUAUGAGGCAGAUUGUUAGCGUCUUGUUCUUUUUCUUAUUUUGACCCGCCCUCUGGGAGUUCUAUUAGAUCUUUAAUU